GAUUUUUUUCCACACUCAGGCAAGUGGGCACAAACCCAGCAUUGGUAAUGAUGUUUGCUACAAGGAAGCAAAUGAACAUUAUGUUACGCCGCUCACAUGCAACUCAUCCGCCAUUUGCAGGUUGUUUGUGGUCUUAAACGGUCCAGCCGCGCAUGAUCAAGUCAUGCCCGUGGUAAGGUCACCAGCCGCUUGAUUAGUGGAUACGGAGCUCUUGAGCAAUUGUGGUGCUUGCUCACUGCAUCGUGGCAAUAAUGUGACUAUUGUGCAAACCGUGAUCGCGCUUUACCGAAUCUAGUGGACGCGUCUGCUCAAUUUAGUGGAUCUUUAUUCAUCCAGUCCACAAGUCCACCGAUUAUCCAGCUAUAAAACUCGCUGCUCGACAUGACAUCUUUCAUCAAUUCAUCUUUGCUUCAUUCGCAUUAUGAUGUUCUUCACUGAACCUGUCCGAACGAGCCCUUAUUCUCUCGACUACUAUCCCUGCUACCACCCCGUAGUCUUUCUCUCUGCUCGUGCUCGUGCUGCCCGGUAUCUCGCCGAGCAGCGUGAACGUGCAUGGGCUCUGCGUUACCAGCAGCAGCCUUGCAUGAUGCACGUCUUGCGUUCCUGUGCGCCGCAGCAUGAGGACAAAAUUGGCCACAUCAUGGCCUGCAAGCACGCUGAAAUGCAGUGGACCAUGAUGCAACAGUUGCAGGAUAUGGCUGAUUUACGAUCUGACAUCGAGGAGGAACAGAUUUUUGCCCACCACCGUGCAGAUGCCGAGAAAUUCCUCGAGGAAGCUGAGACCUACCUCGAGGAUUUUCUACCUCCGGAUCAGGAGCCAUGCCUCACUAUCUUUGAGCCUUUUGACCUGCCUGAUGAUUCCAUGUCAACUUCCACCUCCGAGGUCAUCGUCCAGGAUGAGCCUUUACUUAAGGACGUGAUAGAAGACUGUGUUAUGUCAGAGAGCCAUCGUGCGGCAGAGUACCGGUCUGAAGUGCUCAACACGCUCCAGUCGAUCCUUGGCUGUCUUUCUGCAGACACUUCAACUGAAGUUCUUUCCGAACACGUUCCUGUACCAUCCACUACCGCGGAGACUUCUAGAAAAGAAAAGGCCAAGGGGAUCCCUGGAUUUGAAGAAGACUUUGUGGCUGUCGAGCUACCCGCUCAGGCAAUGCCCUUGGAGGACGUCAGCGAAGUGGAUGUGGCUGCGUUGUGAGGCUUGAUCCUCUUGUAUCUUUUAAUUUAGAUAUCACCUAUGUCCUACGUAUACUUUGUUCAUAUUUACUCUAUUACGGUACUCCACUAGAUUGUACUCAAACUGCAAACCCAUGUAACGCAUCAAUGAUCGACGAUCACCCC